AUGGAUGUGAAUGGUACAGUGAAAGAUGUAUUCGACAGAGUAGCAAAGAAACAAAAGCAGUAUCACUCAGUUUCCCAAUUUGUAACCGACAGAGUCUGUGAAGAAAUCACAGUGACAUUGAUUCAGAUCCUACUAAACAACGAUGGAGCAGAGCCCGGAUCGAUGUUCACCGAUCUGAGGCACAAGCUUGAGUCUCUUUUACGGAUCAUCCAGCUUCAAGGAACAGAAAAGGAGAUGAACACGAGUCUCACCAAGUUCGAGAAACUCCUCGAGAAAUCUUACCAUCCUGACAUAUCACGAGCUUGCAGAAGCAUUGACUUCGAUAUCAACGCAAUCAACAAGAUGAUUGUUCAUUACCUUUACCGACAAGGCAUGUUCGAAAUUGGAGAUUGUCUGGUUAAAGAAGCUGAAGUAGAAUUAGAGAGAGAGGUAAGAUCUCAGUAUCUAGAACUCCACCGAUUAAACGAGUCAAUGAAACACAAAGACAUCGAGCCUUGGAUGAGAUGGCUUUCAGCGAACAGCGAGAAGCUGAAGCAAAACGGACCAAAGCUUGAGAUGAGACUCUUGAGCUUGAAGUUCUGUGAGCUGAGGAGAGAAGGAAAGUUAUCUGAAGCUUUGGCGUAUGCAAAAACACAUUUCCGAGAAUAUGGUUCACAACAGAUGGUGGUGGUGAGUAGGCUUGUUACUUCUCUGUUAUGGGCUGAUGAAAAUCUUGAGAAAAGUCCUUACAAAGAGUUGUUUUCUUCAAUCGACUGGGACACGAUAACCGAGGAGAUGACAAAGGAGUACUACAGUCUCCUUGAUCAGCCAUGUAAGUCUCCUUUGGCAGUCGCGUUGUCCGCGGGUUUCAAGAGCUUGCCGACGCUUUUGAAGCUGGUUCGUGUGAUGGGUUUGAAGAGAGAAGAGUGGGAAGCGAUGAAACAGAUUCCGGUUGCUGUGGAGUUGGGUGAUGAGUUUCAGUUUCACUCGAUUUUUGUUUGUCCGGUGAAUAGAGAUGUGAGCAGUGAAGAGAACCCGCCUAUGAUGAUGCCUUGUCGUCAUGUUAUUUGCAAGGAAUCGAUCAUGAGACUCAGCAAGAAUGCUUCUCGCAGAUUCAAGUGUCCUUAUUGUCCCGCGCAGACCUCAGCUGCGUUAUGCAGACAGUUGUACUUUUGA